AUGUUGACCAUUCGAUCUCUCCUGGCCCUCGGCCUCCUCUGCACCGUCGAGGCGUUCCCCGGUCCGCAGCUCAACCCUCGCGCGAGGAACAGGGCCAGCAGCGGCGGAGGCAGGCAGAAGCAGCAGACGGCCUUCCAGCAGGCCCAGCAGAUCCCGCAAGGGGUCUCGACGGCCACGGAUGGGUCGACCAUCUUGGACAUGACCGCCCAGGUCAACGGCCUCCCUCUCCGCUUCAAGAUCUCCGGCCCCGCGGACCAGUUCACCGCGGACUCGGGCGUGGACGGGGCGACGCAGCAGGCCGGGGCGCAGGGCGCGCUGGGGCUCAACGUGCUGCUGCACGGCGACGGGGGCCAGUCGUUCUUCGACUUCCCGAACCAGGCGGUGCAGCAGAACCUGGCGGGCGUAGCGGUGCUGGCGCCGGACCCGAACCUGUUCUGGGGCGGCGGGGCGGGCCUGCAGCGGACGGACGGCGUGGCGCACGCGCAGGCGGUCAACGACCUGGUGCAGACGGUGCUGCCGCAGGUCAUGGCGUUCAACGCGUCCAACGUCUUCUUCACGGGGGUGUCGGGCGGGUCGCUGAUGCUCAGCGGCUUCUUCAUCCCGGCCCACAUGACCAACUUCCAGGGCACCGGCGUGCUGCUCAACUGCGGCGCGCUGGCGCCCCAGGUCGACUUUGUCGACGCCGCCGCCGUCAUGGCCAGCACCAAGAUCCACUUCCAGAGCACGCAGCAGGAGCUGGCCGACCUGCAGCAGAGCAUCCCGGAGAGCGUGGCCGCGUUCGAGCAGACGGCGGCCGACGCCGGGCUGAACGCCAACCAGAUCGGAGCGCUGCAGACGGUGGACAACUCGCCCAACGGCGGACACUGCGAGUUCGACGAGAAGGAUUUCGUGAGUGGCGUGCAGUUGAUGGCCGACAGCUUCUCGGCGAUCAUGCAGGGUGGAAACGGCCAGGUCAACGGGGUGAAUGUCUUGAACCCCGUGGUAGGCAAUGAGAACUUGAAGUUCAGCGGCGCCACCAGGUGA